GGAAGGAAAAUUUAUUUCCCAAAAUGCAUCACUUUUGCUACAUUUAGGCACUUCUGAGAGUGGUUUCUCCCCUGGUCUCUGUGCCUUUUCCUUUUCAGGUGGAUCUAUAGCUUUCCAAACGUCAUUGUUUUCAGCCGAGCUACUUAAUAGUUAUAUAUACGGCGGUCAAUACACCUUUUAUGAGGAAGGAGACCAACCAAUGGUCUCUGUAAAUCAUAGCAGACUGGUAUCUACUUCAGGCCCAUUGAUUGCCUCAGCUUCUCUUCAGCUAGACAACACUUCAGGUACUCUCGAGCCUGAGAUGCCACCAUUAAAUCUGCUGCAGGAGUUCAGUAGGGAACAAGAGCCUAACCCAGCAGUCAUCUCCAACCUCAUCUGUUCAUCUGAGAUGGGUGUCUCGCUGUCUAAGGUAAAAAAGGAGGUGGAGAAACCACAGACUACCAUCUAUGAAGCUUACCUGAAGCUACCCAAUUUCUGCCCAGAACUCUCCAGGGAUUUCAUCCCUACGCUGGAGGAGAUUGAGGAGUUCCUGAAUGAGAAGAAGACACUUCUCAAGGAUGAGCUGAAUGACAAACAGCCAGUAGGAGGACAGUUUGAGAUAAAAUCUGAAACCAACUUGGGCAGCCCCGGGGAACAAUCUGAUCCUAGAACUGCUCUGGAUGAAGGCCUCUCAAACUCUGCUCAGGCCGGAGUGGCGACUGGUGGUGCAAGCAUACCAGGAACCAUGGGGACUACCCCUGUUGUCCUUCAGAUCCAGCCCAUCCAAGCGAGCGAAGAAAGCUCAUCUACCCAGAACCCUAUUUGUGGUGGUAUCAGGGUGGCCCAAUUGGUCAUCAAAAUGCAAGGCCAGAGCCUGACAGUUCUUCCUCAGGUCAUCCAAAGCCCUAUGGCAGGCACAGACCAAAAGUAUGUACGAAUAGCCCCUUUGCCUGUGGUGCUGAGGCCUGGAGUUCUUGGAAGCACAAAGAACAUAGAGGAGUCCAAGGUCCCCAAAGCCUCCUCUUCUGUCAUCCGGGUCCACAAAUGCACACAUCCUGGCUGCACCAAGAUGUACACCAAGAGUUCUCACCUCAAGGCACACUUCCGGCGCCACACUGGGGAAAAGCCGUACACCUGUACGUGGCCUGACUGUAGCUGGAGGUUUUCCCGUUCGGAUGAGCUCUCUCGCCACAAGCGCUCCCAUUCUGGACUUAAGCCUUACCAGUGCCAAAUGUGUGAGAAGAAAUUUGCCCGCAGUGACCAUUUAUCCAAACAUAUGAAGAUCCACAAAGGGUCAUUCAGUUCAGGAAGUAGGACAGCUCAGGGUUGUGUGGGUAAUAGUUAACCCUCCCUUCGCUGCCUUGCCAAAAGAAGAAUUGCAGUCAAGUCAGAAGACAAAUGGAAAUAUAAAAAUUGCUUUCCUUUGGGAUUGGAGGAAAUAAGGAACUGAUUUGUUUAAGGUCUAUGGAAACCCCCAAACCUACCUCUAUCUAAAUUGCCUUACAAUCAGGGCUAGCCCACAGUUCAAAGUCUCUGAUGCUUGUGAACUCUUGUAAAAAUAAUAAUGACAUUUGAGGGGAAAAUAUGACUAUUAAGGAUGUUGGGGUGGGCAGGGUGAGAUUCUAAGUUUUAUAUACGAAUUUUGGAAUAAGGACUGUUUAGGCAUUCAUUUCUAAGGUUCCUGCCAUGGUGUACAUGUAAGGUAAUAUUCAAAUAUUAGCAUUUCUUUUUUGGUUAGCCAUCUUUCUGAUCACCCUAUUACUGACUCCAAAACUGAAAUGAACAGGAAUCGAAAUACCACCACAUGAAUGUUCACUAAAAUUGCAAAAGCAAGUCUCAAAAUCUAGAACUGAUUUCAAAAUUAGGAAAUCACAUUUCUGUAUGAAUUCCAAGUUUCUGCUUUGAAAAUAUGAGCUACACUUUCCUAAAACCCAUUAUUUUGUCACACACAAACACACACACACACACACACGUUUCAUAGCAUUCAGCAUAAUUUGCUAUGAUUUUAAUGAUUUGUCUUUAAGAAAAUGAAUUGUAUCUUGGGUUACUAUGAAUGGUUGCCUUGGCACUUAUAGGCCCAAUUCAAAUGCUUAUUCUGAGCUGUAGGUUGCCAGUGCCUGAGAAUGGUAUCCAAAAUUAAAUGUGCGCCCAUGUUGCUUUUCUUAGAGCAAGUGUUGCGUGGUGAGAAAUGUAAUCUCUUUUGCCUUUGUAAUAAGGCAAGUAAAAAUGUACAGCAUUUGGCAUUCUGCACCUAGCUGAUAUAGCUCACAUGUCUUUUACUUGAGCUCAUUUUGAUCAUUGUUGUUCCACCAGAGCUGCCAUAUAUA